CGAGAGCUCAUCGUUUCGAGCGCGACAGAAAAAAAAUCAUGACUCUGAGAGGCACGGACGAAUUAUUAACCGUGAAUGGUGGCAUGGGUCCUCUAGCCACAGUCACAGACAACAACAACGAGAAUGCCAAAAAGAUACGCAUGGAGAAAGCCGCUGCUGCCCAAAAUAACAACAACCUUGCCACGGCAAACAACAACAACAACACAACAAGCAACAACAAUAACAAUAGUACGAGUCCCAACAACAACAACAAUAACAACAGCAAAAGCAGCACUGCAAACAGUAACAAUGCGGCACCGCCAAACAACAAUGCGUCGAUGACGUCGUCACCGUCAACUUCGCCGUCUCAGACUUCUCGCGUGGUUCAUCUGCGGAACGUUCCGAACGAUGCGAGCGACUCCGAGAUUCUGCAAUUGGGAAUCCCAUUCGGGAAAAUCACCAAUAUUCUCCAACUACGGGGCAAGAAUCAGGCGUUCCUUGAGAUGGAGACCGAGGUUUCCGCUGGACAAAUGGUCGAAUACUUUGCCAAGACUUCGUCACCUCCACAAAUCCGCGGUCGCACGAUUUACGUCCAACAGUCGAAUCACCGCGAAUUGAAAGUCAACGAUAAUGGGCAUGGGAUGUUACUCAACUCGACGCAGGUCGCGUUGGCCGCCGCCCAGGCUCUCGUGGGUCUUCAGCAACAGCAUGGUUUGUCUCCACGAGCCAGCGGAGACGUAGGCAGUGGGGAAAUCAGCCCUACACACAAUGGUCAAACCCUAAACACUGUGCUACGCGUGAUCAUCGAGAAUCAGCUCUACCCCAUCACCUUGGACGUCCUCAACAGCCUCUUCAGCCGGAUAGGCAAGGUGCUAAAAAUCGUUACGUUCAACAAGAACAACACCCUGCAAGCUUUGGUGCAGUACGGGGACGCCCUAGCAGCGCAAGCGGCCAAAAUGACUCUGGAUGGCCAACACAUCUACAAUAGCUGCUGCACCUUGAGAAUCGAAUAUUCGAAACUCCAGCAGCUGAAUGUGAAAUACAACAACGACAAGAGUCGCGACUUCACCAACCCCUCGCUCCCGACCGGUGACCCGACCCUGGAUAACUUGGGUCUCGCGAACCCAUUGGGUAUGCUCCAUUCGCCUUUCGCGAAUCUCGGAUCUCAUCUCACAGCUGCUUUCAACCCACCGACGCUCCCACUCGGGGGCUUCGCGCUCCCCGCAGCUCAGGCCCUCGGAGUCGCCAGCCUCAGACUGCCCGGAACGCCGCAGUCAUGUGUCCUGCUGGUCUCCAACCUCAAUGAACAGACUGUCACACCAGACGCCCUCUUUACGCUUUUCGGAGUGUACGGCGACGUGAUUCGGGUCAAGAUCAUGUUCAACAAGAAGGACAGUGCCCUCAUUCAGAUGGCUGAGCCACAACAGGCACAUGUUGCGAUGACGCAUCUCGACAAAAUCAAACUAUUCGGGAAACAGCUGCGUGUGACUCCAUCCAAACAUCAUAUGGUGCAAUUGCCGAAAGAAGGGCAGCCCGACGCCGGCCUCACGAAAGACUAUAUCAGUAGCCCUCUGCACCGCUUCAAGAAGCCUGGAUCAAAGAACUAUCAGAACAUCUACCCACCUUCGGCCACGCUGCAUCUGUCCAACAUACCACCGACUUGCGGCGAGGAGAAGAUACAGGAAUCCUUCGCUGAAGCUGGAUGCGCUGCGAUAAUGGGAUUCAAGUUUUUCCCGAAAGAUCGGAAAAUGGCCCUCCUACAGUUGCCUUCCGUCGAGGACGCCGUCGUUGCCUUGAUCAAGAUGCACAACUAUCAACUCUCAGAGUCGUCCCAUCUCCGUGUGUCGUUCUCCAAGUCCACCAUUUAAAGCAAG